UGCCUGUACUGCCUCACUAGUCACAUGGAAAUUAUCUUGCUUGUUUUUUCACUUUGUUUUCACUUAGCAUGUGACCGACUUCGUUGUGUAGCCUGUGAUUUCUGGGUAGUGAGCUACCGUGACUACAUGUGGGACGAGUCGUGUGACUACCUGUUCUUCAGAAACAACAUGCCAGAAUUCCACAAACUCAAAGCAAAGUUGGUGAAGAAGAAAGGAGCACGGGCUUAUGCCUGCCAGUGUAGCUGGAGAAGUAUUGAAGAACUGACUGAGCUGCAGACAGAUCAUGAGCUUCGUUGGGUUUGUGGUAAACACUGAGAAUGCAGCCUGUUCGCGUUCCAGUGGCUGCAUCCGUGAGAACAAGCUCCACUCGCUACCCUCGGGACAGUGCGUAGCAGUGUUGUGCCCUUUGGGAAAAGGCAACAAAUUUCGUGUAACUACACAUUUUUGAAGACCAAAUGGAAUGGGAAAGACCUGUGACGCCUUGGCUUCACUCCUUGUGACAUGGACAUUUUACUUAGAAGGUUAAAAAUAUCUGAAUACACUCACCUGUAUCCUUUCAGGGACUGAAAUUGUGACAUUCUGUGCAGCUUUCCAGCCCUUCCAAAGCAAUGGCAGUACUAGCUGCUAAUGCUCUCUAAAACUUUGCGCGUGUGGCGUCAUCGUGAAGAGUACCCAGCUGGCAGGGCAGAGUAGUCUCUGUAUAUGAGGGUUCAGGACUCCUCCUGCUCUGAACCAUUAUUAUCAGAGACCGUACGUUAAAAGAACAGAUGACCAUCGGUCAACUGAAGGAUCGUCAGGAGUACAUUGUAAAGCUGCCUUACAUGUAUCUCGCCCGGCCUCACCACCUCGGCUCAGUAUUACAGUAGCAGGAGUAGUGACAGUGAUGUUAGCAACUUUAACUUCUAUGCCUCCUUCACUCCCUGCAAUGUCAAGAGUUGUUUAGUUUCCCGUUAGCAAAUACCAUUUAUAUAUAAAGAUUUUUGAUGCAACUAAAAUUACUAAACUACAAGUACGUCAUUGUUGGACUUUUCACGUAUACUCCAUAAUUCCCAAUGAGUAGCAGGCAACAUGUAGACUUUCUAGUACCAUCAGGCUGAUAGAUUAUGACUGAAGCCUGGCCCGUGGGUAGCUGCUGGGCUCCUGCUGAUAUCGCUGAGAAGAGAGGCACUGUGUCAUCGUAACGUUCAAGAAAUGCAUUCUCCGCUUUACCUCCCAGCCCCGGACACAGGUCAGCCCCUUUCUAGUCUGUGUCUGCUUCCCACAUGUGUGUUAUUUGGUUUAAACAUGUGACGCAGGGCACAUGACACAGAUAGUUUUGUCUUAACUUCAUUCCAGCCACCCAACAAAACUCUGAUCGCUGCAAGACUUUUCCUAGCCUAGGCGGGGAAUCUCAGCUCAGUGGUAGAGUACUUGCAUUGCAUGUGCAAGGCCCUGAGUUGAUUCCCAGCAGUACCAAAAAAGGAAAGAGAGAGAGAAAAGCAAGCUUUUCCUGACCAUGACACUUUUAUGUAUUUAUAAAAUUUUAAUUGUAGCAAAAGAGGUCUCAAAGUGGCUGAUACUGGUAUUUUUGUAUUAAGAUAUACUUAAAAUUUUAUCUUUCAAUAAAUAUUUUCAUUCC